AUGACUGUGAUCGACAUUCUGACUAGAGUUGAUUCGAUCUGUAAGAAGUACGACAAGUACGAUGUCGAUAAACAGCGGGAGGCCAAUAUCUCCGGCGAUGAUGCUUUUGCUCGCCUCUAUGGAGCUUUUGAGACCCAAAUCGAGACAGCUCUCGAGAAAGCUGAAAUUGUUACGAAGGAGAAGAAUAGAGCUUCUGCUGUUGCAAUGAACGCCGAGAUCCGCCGGACCAAGGCUCGAUUGUCCGAGGAAGUUCCCAAGUUGCAGAGACUUGCUGUCAAGCGGGUUAAGGGGCUUACAACUGAAGAGCUCGCAGCGAGAAAUGAUUUGGUGCUUGCACUUCCGGCCAGGAUUGAAGCGAUUCCUGAUGGGACAGCUGGUGGUCCUAAAAACACUAGUGCUUGGGCUCCCUCAACAACAUCUCGUCCUGAUAUCAAAUUUGAUUCAGAUGGGCGUUUUGAUGAUGAUUACUUUCAAGAAUCACAUGAAUCCAGCAAAUUCAAACAGGAGUAUGAGAUGCGGAAAAUAAAGCAGGAACAAGGUCUGGACAUGAUCUCUGAAGGUUUAGAUGCUCUAAAGAACAUGGCGUCUGAUAUGAACGAGGAACUGGAUAGGCAAGUUCCUCUGAUGGAUGAAAUCGACUCAAAGGUGGACAGAGCAACCUCGGAUCUUAAGAACACCAAUGUUCGACUUAAAGAUACCGUCAACCAGCUGAGGUCAAGCCGGAACUUCUGCAUCGAUAUUGUUUUGCUGUGUAUUGUUCUGGGUAUCGCUGCAUACUUGUACAAUGUACUGAAGUAA